AUGACCACUCUAUAUCAUAAAGAGACUGACAGAAACACUUUUUUUUUCAUUACUACAUUCACCCUCAAAGCCUUUAUGAUUAAAAACAUAGUGAUGAAACACUGGCAUAUGCUCACUUCAGACCCAACGCUCAGCCAAGAAUUCAAGGACCCCCCUUAUUCGUCUAUUAACGGGGCCCCAAUCUUCGCAGUAGACUAGUCCAAGCCAGCCUCAACAUGGGUGCUAAACAAACCCUCCUUAUGCCCCUGAGAGAUGGAAACUACCCAUGUGGCAAUUGUGCUCAGUGCAACAACACCAAAAAAAACUCUGAGUUCUGA